AAGAUGAUGGAACAGCUAUAAAACCCAAUGCUACAUAUGUUCUUACUCGAGAGCAAUGAGCUCUUAUCUGUCAAUGGCUGAAGGAAUUGAGAUUCCUAGAUGGCAUCUCUUGCCAAUUGCUUUUCGUGAUUUUCUUAUAGAUGAAGUUUGGGGUCCCUUAACUAAGAUUAGUAGCUUUUUUAGAGCUUUAACUGCUCUGAUUAUUCAAGUCAGUAACAUGACGAUGUGGGAGGAAAAAAUUGUUGAGACCAUUUGCAAUUGCAAGCUAGAGAAAGUAUUCCCGCUAGCAUUCUUUCACUCGAUGGAGCAUUUGCCUAUCCAUCUACCAUAUAAGGCAAAAGUUGGAGGACCUGUCCAAUUUCGUUGGAUGUAUCCUUUUAAAAGAAAAGGGUGGCUUGCUGCAUCAUCUCAAGGGGGAGAACAAGUGGUGAUUAGUGAGGUCAUGCAAUUGCCAUAUGUGGCAGGGGAAGAAUGUGUGGGUGAGGAUGAUGAUGAAAAGGAAGAGUUUGAUGGAACAGAAACAUCAGAAGAAGAACAGGAGCAACCCACUAUUACUCAGCGACCAUUGGACGAUGAUCAGUACCCUAGUGAUGAUGCAACAAUGGAGGAGGACAUUGAAGAGCGUAAUUUGGAGGCUGAGUUGGAUGUUGAGUUUGUUGUGCUUGAUCCUGAGUUAGAUGCUCAGCUAGAGGAGGAGCUAUCACGUGCUAUCUUGAAGACAGAAUGUGGCAUGGAUAAAGGAGAUGAUGCUCCUGCAAACCCGAGUCAAAGGAAGUUGUUUAGCCUUAAUCGCCGAGGCACAUUCAGCCAUGAGAGGUUUGGGAGGAUUGCCACAGUAAUAUGGAAGUACUUGAAUGAUGAGCCAGUUUUUUUUUGGUCUAGCUGGCUUGAGGAAAAGAAGAGGGUUGCUUGGGAGAAUUUCUAGGUAUGAAAAUUAUAGAAUAAAAUGAAGUAUUUUUU